UGACAAGCACGAAGAACGGGGGGAAAAGCAAGCCAAAAAAGAAGGAAACGUUCAACUGUGAGAAAUUUUAGCCGCAAUCUUUCGUGAAAAUUUUCCAAUAAAAAGCUUAAAUUUCCGGUUAAAUUGUGUGUCCGAGAAUCUUAUUGGUACCGAAAGUCGUGGGCAAGAAAAAGGAAAUUCCAAAAGGAUCGGGAACAAAGUUCUAGAAAAACGGUUUUGCAACGAUGGCCGGAGCAAUGAUGUUCGAUCGCGCCCAGUCGCUACAGAUGAAUCGCCAGGACCUGUCCCAGAUUGCCGCCGAUCUCGAGGUGGACGAAAAUGACGAGGAACAAAUUCGCCAGAAGGAGCAGAAGAUUCUGGAACUCGGUGAAUCCUACAAAAAGGAAGGCAAAGCCAAGGAGUUGGCUGAUCUGAUCAAGGUCACCCGACCUUUCCUGAGCUUCCUGAGCAAGGCCAAGGCAGCCAAGUUGGUACGAUCCUUGGUCGAUCUUUUCCUAGAUUUGGAAGCCGAAACAGGGAUCGAGGUUCAACUCUGCAAGGAAUGCAUCGAAUGGGCCAAACAGGAAAAGCGAACCUUCCUGCGGCAAUCGCUCGAGGCUCGACUGAUCGCUCUUUACUUCGACACCGGAAUGUACACAGAAGCGCUGGCCCUCGGCAGCCAGCUGUUGCGGGAACUGAAGAAGCUGGAUGACAAAAACCUGCUGGUCGAGGUGCAGCUGCUGGAGAGCAAAACCUACCACGCACUCAGCAAUCUACCCAAGGCCCGCGCUGCCCUCACGUCUGCCCGUACCACGGCCAAUGCCAUUUACUGCGCCCCGAAGGUCCAGGCCACCCUGGAUCUGCAGUCCGGUAUCUUGCACGCGGCUGACGAGCGUGACUUUAAGACUGCCUUCUCGUACUUCUACGAAGCCUUCGAGGGUUUUGACAGCGUCCAGAAUUCCCGGGCCCUUACUGCCCUCAAGUACAUGUUGCUGUGUAAGAUCAUGAUCGGCCAGAGCGAGGACGUCAACCAGAUUGUGAGCGGAAAAUUGGCAAUCACCUACUCCGGUCGGGAUAUCGACGCUAUGAAGGCAGUCGCCCAGGCCUCCCACAAACGCUCGCUGGCUGACUUCCAGGAUGCGUUGAAACAAUACAAACACCAGUUGGAGGAUGACGUGAUCGUCAAAGCACAUUUAGGCACCCUGUACGAUACCAUGUUGGAGCAGAACUUGUGCCGCAUCAUUGAACCGUACGCCCGGGUCGAGGUAAUGUACAUUGCCGAGCAGAUCGCCCUGCCGAUUGCCCAGGUCGAGAAGAAGUUGUCGCAGAUGAUCCUGGACAAGAAGUUCAGCGGCAUCCUGGAUCAGGGCGUCGGAGUGUUGAUCGUGUUCGAGGAGACCCCGGUAGAUAAAACCUACGAAACGGCACUGGAAACGAUACAGCACAUGGGUAAGGUCGUGGAUACGCUGUACCAGAAGGCCAAGAAGCUUACGUAAGCUCGGGUCGGUGGUUAGUAGUUGCCCAACCCCAUCCCACGCGUUAGUAGGUGCGUUCUCUGUUUAGGUAUUUUUACGAAACUUCUUUUUUUCUUCAUUUGCAAGUGCUGGAACGGUUUUUGGAAACGAAAGCGUCAAACAUUUCAAGCUCAAUCACGAUUGUUUGCCGCUCGGGCGGGGUGGAUGUGACGUUACUGUUUUUUCCCCGUUUGAUAUGCUUGAAACUACACACACUCUUUAAACAGUCAAUACGAAAAUCAUUAUGUCCGUUUUUUUUCCCAAACAAACUUAAUCUGUUAAACUUAUGCGAUGAUGAAAGAGGUCCCGUUAUUGGUAAACGAUAAAAACAAACUCCAAUUCGAACAACAUUGCAGUAGUAGUUGCACAGAAAACAAAAAUUCGAACACCUUUAAAAAUUCAGAUAUUCGAUGUUGAAUUGAUUGUGUUCGUUAAACCACAUUUUCCCUUAAAGAUGAUGAUAACUGUGCGCAGUAAGGUUGGUUAGAAACGACAAAUUGGGAUAAAAAUACGGAAGGACUGGAAAGUGUAAUCUUAUAUUAUAUAAAACUACAAGAAAAAAGAACUAAUAUUAAAACACACACAGCUGAAUGAAAAUGAAACUGAUUUAGUAAGGACAUUAACAAAUUCAUAAUCAUAAUUAAAAAUUUAAUAAAAUUUAAA